AUCAGCUGACGAGUUUGCUUUUGCUCUUAUUCUGUUGUGAAAGGAAUUGUUAAACGGAAUGUGUUUCAACAUAAAUUUUUAAUGCAAAUAUGCCAAUCACUGAACAGGAAAAACUAGGUAUCGUUGAUUUGUUAGUAAAUGAAGAGCAAAAUGUCCCAGUGUUAUUACAAGUGGCCAGAAGCGUGACAAAAAAUGUUUGCGACGUCACUACAACGCAAGAAGCACUGGACUACGUAUACAUACAAGUGGGAGACACACUAACUUUACUCAAUAAACGAGCUGUAACCCGCGAAAUGCUCUUUAAAUAUCUACAUCAGCGAAAAAUUCAAGUAAAUUCUGAUUUUACCAAAGGUGCAUUAAUCAGUAAAGUUAUAGAAUAUUGGAAUCGCUUGGCAGAAUAUAAGUUAGAUCUAAGCACAUCAAAAAAUAAUGAAAUCACCGAAACUAUCACACAUUGUACGCAAGUAAAUGAACAAAUUACAGAAAGACAAAAGGAAAUAACCAUAACUGCCAAUGCAAACAAUGGGGAUGAUAAAGAAUCUCAUUUUCCAAUACACAUUUUAGCACGGAAAUUUACGGAAUGGUUUUUUAUCAAUCUAAACGACAAAAGCCUAAAAAUAGAAGAUUUUUGGACGGACUCACAGCUACAGUUGCGCAUUGCUGCCUCCGAUCAUAUUAAUGAUUAUGAGUGUGCUGGUGCUAACGAGGUCAUUGUGAAUCUCUUCAGAUCAAAAGAUCAAGUUGGAUUCUAUUGUAAUCCCAAUCUUACUCAUGCCGAAGUACAAGGACAAAUGAAUGUACACGGUUUGGUACUGGUAGUAGCUUGUGGUACAACAUUACAUACUGAACAAAAUUGUGUUGGUGUAUUUGAGUGUUCAUUUGGUUUACUUCGUGAUCCAUUUGCUGAAAACAAUUGGAAGGUAAAAACAAUGCAAUGCGUUUUACGUAGUCAGUCGGCUGCAGUGAUACCUAGCCUAUGUGCAAGUGAGGCUCUGAAAGAUGCUCUUAAUUUGCCAAUACCAAAAGGAGAAAUUUCAUAGCUGAUAAGUAUUUAUAGUAGAUAAGUACUCUAAUUUAUUAUUGAAUCGCUCUGGUAUAUUUAAUAAAACAGUCUAAUUUCAAUUGUAUUUAUUUGUUUUAAAUAAAUAUCUCAAACUUUGUAUGUAUGAACGUUUAAAAGUAAUUUGUCGGCGGCAGGAGAAGCGAUAAAUUGUAGUUCAAGUUUACUGUUUUUAGUGUUUCUUUCAGCUAAUUUAAACGGCAGCAACCCCUGCGCUUUAGUGUACUUUUUCACUUGGAAACAAAUGUAAAAAAAAUAAAUGGAAAAAAUACCAAAUUUCAGGAGCUCAUCAUGAAUGCUUCACG